UACACACUCAGCCAUCACAAAGGGGAAUCACUCAAAGAGCUGACAGAGACACCAAAAGGUCUGAAGAAGUCUACUUGAUUGAACAAUUUGAACCAUCCUAAGAUGAAGACAUUCAGUGUUGCAGUUGCAGUGGCCGUCGUGCUCACCUUUAUUUGUAUUCAGGAGAUCUCUGCUGUCCCAGUCACUGAAGUGCAAGAGCUGGAGGAACCAAUGGGCAUUGAGAAUCCGGCUGCUGAACAUGAGGAGACAUCAGUGGACUCAUGGAAGAUGCCGUAUAACAACAGACACAAACGUGGCUUUGAUUGUCGUGUUUGCUGCGGCUGCUGCACCCCCGGUGUCUGCGGAUUGUGUUGCAGAUUCUGAGGAUUCCUGCUCCAACAACUACUGUCAAAUUCUGAUGUUUCUAAACUUCAUCAUGCUGUAGUUAAUGUGCAUGUACUCAGUGGUGUGACUGCAUCGUCCACUGGUUUUGCUAAAUAUCUGAUACUGCUGUGGAUUUUCACAAUAAAGUUUAAUGUCACUAUAUGAAA